CCCACUCCUACUCCCAGCCAUUUCGUUGUCUGACGAGCUCAGCCUCAUCCUAUAGAAUCGCAUGUCACCGACAGGAGAGGAUGCAACCAAAACGAAACGUCAAAGUCUGGAUGUUCGUGGGUUCGCUCUGCUUACGUUGAGCUUUCAGACAUUGGGCAUCAUAUAUUCUGACAUCGGAACGUCUCCGUUGUAUGUGCUUAACGGCAUCUGGCCUGCGUCCGGUAAACUCCCGUCCGAGGAAGACGUCAUCGGUGGACUGAGCGCGAUUGUGUGGUCUCUGACACUGCUACCGCUGCUAAAAUAUGUCGUCAUUUGUUUAAGAUUCGGUACCGGAGAAGGCGAAGGUGGCACUUUCGCUCUGUUCCAAGGGCUCUAUCCUCCAGAGCAGAAGGACUUUGACGCGGAUAGGACUCUCACGGGAGACAGCUUCAAGUUUUCCAACAAGAGACAGGGGCAUGCGAUCUCGCACAGGCUUCGUUGGCCCUUGCUUGCAUGCUCCCUGCUCGGGACGAGUCUCACGUUGUCCGAUGGAGUAUUCACGCCUGCCGUAUCAGUGACGAGCGCUGUAUCGGGGAUUGCUAUUGCCCGACCUUCUGUCGGGAAUGAUGUCGUUCCGAUAUCCGUCGCCUUUUUGGUUGCUCUGUUUCUUGUCCAAUUCCGCGGAACAGCAAGAUUGGCUUAUGUGUUCGCACCAGUGACAUUGAUUUGGCUCUCUCUCUUGGGCGCUACCGGCAUCGUGAAUAUCAUCCGUCAUCCUGGCAUAUUUAGAGCGCUCGACCCAUCUAGAGCGAUAAUGCUUUUCGUGCGCACCCGGGACUAUGACCUAUUGAGCGGUGUGCUGCUGGCGGUUACUGGUUGUGAAGCACUCUUUGCUAAUCUAGGGCAAUUCAAUAUGCAAUCUAUACAGAUUUCUUUCACGUGUUUCGUCUACCCCUGCCUCAUUCUGCAAUACCUAGGCCAAGGGGCUCGACUGAUCGUCGAUGGAGAACAUAUCUUGACCAACAUAUUCUAUAACUCCAUCCCAGGGCGUCCCAACGGGCCGUUGUUCUGGAUUCUUUAUGUCUUCGCCAUCCUAGCCACGUUAAUCGCGUCGCAAGCCCUCAUUACGGCCACUUUCAGCUUGGUGCAGCAGCUUAUUAACAUGCAUAGUCUUCCUCAUCUCCGCAUGGUAUAUACGUCUAACAAGACGCAAGGUCAAGUCUAUAUACCCGUUGUGAAUUGGAUUCUGAUGAUUCUCGUUAUCAUUAUGGUCGUUGCAUUCAAGAGUUCUGUUUCUCUCACGAACGCAUAUGGGUUCGCCGUUGCAACAGUGAUGUUCACCACUACGCUCUUGAUCGCGCUGCAGAUCAAAUAUGUGAAAAACCUGUCCGUUAUUGUGGCUGUUGCGUUUCUGUUAUUCUUUGGUUUCCUCGACGGUCUGUUUUGGGGCGCAUCCCUUCGCAAAGUCCCCGAUGGAGCGUGGGUACCACUGAUGAUGGGACUCAUACUAGUGGCCUUCAUGCUUUUCUGGACAUGGGCUCGUGGGUUGGAGGACAGCUACGACAGCUCCAAUCGGAUGAACCUUCGCCAUGUCAUUUUCACUGAGCGGGAUCGAUCUGAGCUGCAAAUCCGCAGACCUGUCGACUUGAAGCAUUCCAAGGAAAUUGAGUUAUCCGAAGGGGACGAUGCAUCAGGCCGUGACUCCGAGGAUCUAGAGGUCGAAGAAGAGCGCGAGCAUGCCACUGCAGUUGAUCCGGAGACAUUCUACAUCCUCGAUGAUGCCGGCCAAGGCUCCGGUGCCACGCACAGGCCGCUAGCGCGCAUUCAGACAUGUGCAGUCUUCCACAAACUUACGGUGGGAAGAGGUGUUCCCCACUCAUUCAUCGGAUUUUUACGUCAAUGGCCGGCAUUGCCCCGUGUCGUCAUAUUUCUGGCUGUUCGCGUGCUGCCCAUCGCCCAUAUGCCACCGGAAGAUCGUUAUGCCGUGACCAAAGUGCGGACCAUACAAGGUUUCUACGGUGUCACCUACUUCGUAGGCUAUCGCGAUGACUUCGAUAUGAAGAUCGACGAAGUAGUGGAGCGCAUCUGCGCAAUUGAGGCACGCGCCGAUCCACGGGAAUCUUCUAUGAUCAUCGACGAGAUCAAAACGGUAGCAAAGAACUACGUUCAUAUCGUGCCCCAUUAUCAUGUGAUUAGUAGAGAAGUCAAAGCCGGAAGGCUCUCCAAAAUCUUCAACUGGGUCAGGAGCCUCUUGAUAGAGGACAUAUACCGUCGAUUCGCGAUCAUGUUCCCUGAGACAGAAAACUGGAUUACCUCGAAUGAUCAGAUCAUUCGAGUCGGUAUCAAUGCAAGGUUAUAGACGUGAUGCUUUUGGAAUGAUUGCACUAAAUGUCUGUAUUGUUUGAUUCACCCGGCGAGUAGCCACCCUGUAAUAGUAGAAUGUUGGUGACCAAUUGGUCCAUUGUAUUCAAGAAGAGCGCACAUGUACAGUAGACCCCUGGCUCAAGGCGAACAAAGCCUUGUCCUAAAUUGAUGUGGUAGUCGACGCCUAUCACCGC